ACUUGCUCUCGCGCAGACGUUGUGCGUUCGCGUUCACUCCCUUGCGAGAUCGGUUUCCUUCUCGUGGAUCUGUUUUGUGCGCUCGCAUCAUGUGAACAUGGGCGGUUUUCAUGUGAGUGACUUUUGACUAGUUGGGAUUUAGGGGCGGAUUGAGAUACUGCCAAGAUGGUGACGGUGGAGCAGCUCACUCUGAGCUUCAGAAACAUGUGGGUGACGUCCAUCUUUAUUUACAAAACCUUCCCAAUAUGUCACCAGGGUAUAAGUGGUACAUGACGUUUCACCACGGAUCAAUAAAGAUUUAUCUGAACAGUAACAGUUGACAAACUUCCCUCCUCCCACCUGUGAGGUGCAGUUCCGCCUUUGCUUCAUGUUCACCAGAGGAAACCCUGCUCUUUCACAAUAAAAGCAGAGAGAAACUGAGCUGCAGUGAGAAGAGGAGCAACACAGGAAACAAAGCACAGCUUCAACGUCUCACUCCAGAAAUGAAAGUAAAGUCUGUCAGAGCAACAACUGAGCUGCAGUGGAGACGAGUCUGUUUCUCUCUGACAGAAAAUUAAACUGAGUCCAUCAGGUCUUUGUCAACAACACAGCAGAGUCUCUACCAAACACUGUGUGUAGACAUGUCUGCUGCCAGCAACCUGAGAUCUGAAGAUCAGUUCCUGUGCUCCAUCUGUCUGGAUGUGUUCACUGAUCCAGUCACUACAUCAUGUGGACACAACUUCUGUAAGAACUGCAUCACUACACACUGGGACAUUAGUGACAGGUGUCAGUGUCCCAUGUGUAACAAAGUUUUUAAAAGAAGACCUGAGCUUCACAUCAACACUUUCAUCUCUGAGGUGGUUGCUCAGUUCAAACAUGAAGCUCAACAGAAAACCAGCAGCAGCAGCUCAGAGCAACAAGUUUCCAAACCAGGAGAAGUUUCCUGUGACGUCUGCACUGGAACCAAACUGAAGGCCCUGAAGUCCUGCCUGGUGUGUCUGACCUCCUACUGUGAGACUCACCUGGAGCCUCACCUGACAGUGUCAGGCCUGAAAAGACAUCAGCUGAUCGACCCUGUGGAGAACCUGGAAGACAGGAUGUGUACGAAGCACGAUAAACCUCUGGAGCUGUUCUGUCAGACCGACCAGACAUGUGUCUGCAUGCUCUGCUCUGUUUUAGACCACAAGACACAUGAGUUUGUUCCUCUGAAAGAAGGAUAUGAAGGAAAGAAGGCAGAGCUGGAGGAGACAGAGGCUGAAAUUCAGCAAAUGAUCCAGAAGAGACGAGUGAAGAUUCAGGAGAUCAAACACUCAGUCAAGAUCAGUAAAGAUGAUGCAGACAGAGAGAAAGCAGAAGGUGUUCAGGUCUUCACUGCUCUGAAGGAGUCUGUUGACAGAGGCCUGAACCAGCUCAUAAAGGAGAUCGAAGACAAACAGAAAACCACAGACAAACAGGCUGAAGACUUCAUCACAGAGCUGGAACAGGAAAUCUCUGAGCUGAUGAAGAGAAGCACUGAGGUGGAGCAGCUCUCACUCUCUGAAGACCACCUCCACCUCCUCCAAAGCUUCCCAUCCCUGAAAGCUGCUCCACCCACCAAGGACUGGACAGAGGUCAGAGUCCGUCCACCAUCAUAUGAGGGGACUGUGGUGAGAGCUGUGGCUCAGCUGGAGGAGACGCUCAGUAAAAAGAUGAAGAAGCUGAUUAAUGAGGCUGAGCUGAAGAGGGUCCAGCAGUAUGCAGAGGAUGUGACUCUGGAUCCUGAUACAGCAAAUCACUGGCUCAUCCUGUCUGAUGAUGGAAAACAAGUACAUGAUAGUGAUGUGAGGAAGAAUCUCCCAGACAACCCAGAGAGGUUUUCUCACUGUGUUUUUGUCUUAGGAAAGCAGAGUUUCUCUUCAGGCAGAUUUUACUUUGAGGUUCAGGUUAAAGGAAAGACUGAGUGGGAUUUAGGAGUGGCCAGAGAGUCGAUCAACAGGAAGGGAUUCAUCCCACUGAGCCCUGAUGAUGGUUAUUGGAUGAUAUGGUUGAGAAAUGGAAAUGAGUACGAUGCUAAUGCUGGCCCUCCAGUACGUCUCUCUCUGAUGUCUCAGCCUGAGAAAGCAGGGGUGUUUGUGGAUUAUGAGGAGGGUCUGGACUCCUUUUAUGACGUAGCUGCUGCAGCUCUCAUCUACUCCUUUACUGGCUGCUCCUUCACUGAGAAACUCUACCCAUACUUCAGUCCCUGUCUUAAUCACGGUGGUAAAAACUCCGCCCCUCUGAUCAUCUGUCCUGUCAAUCAAACUGAGUAGAAUAAUAAAAUAACUUUUUGUUUUUAUGAAUUGAUUCAUAUUUAUUCAAGAGAACAAAUGUUCAUACUCAGUGUGAUGCGGUUUACAUCUUCUCACUUUCUACAGAAUCUGAUGACUGUGGUGGUUUGAUCACUUUUCAUCAUGAGUCUUUUCAUCAUAUUUAUUAUGUUUCACAGAAAACACAUGAAUUAGAUGCAUUAUUUACAUAAACCCUGUCACAGUCACUAAUGUGUCCAUUGGACAUGUGGAGAAAAUCUGUUUAAACUUCAGUUAAACACACAGACUUUUACUUUCAGCUCCGGUAGAAUCAGAAUCAUAGUUUCUAAAGACAGAAAAAAUGUGGAGAAAAAUGUCAGAGCAGCUACAGAAAAAAUAAUAAUGAAUAUUUCAUCGUGUCAUGAAGCUUCAGUUGAGAGUGAGGCCCGUUACACACAGAUACAGACAACAGCAGCUGUCACUGUUACACUGAACAUGAACAGUUAAUUAAUACAUUAGAUUCUAAUAGAGAAUAAUUUUGUUAAUUACUGGACAUGUUUUAUUACUUUUAUAAAUGCAGGUGAGAUGGUUUAUGAUUUAAAUGAAUCUGUAAAUAUGUGAUUGUAAAAAGAAAACUGUAAAAUAAACUCAGCUGAUGUUGAAAUGUUUUA